AUAAACAAUUUAUUUUUCAAACCUAAACUUAAAUACGUGAAUUAUUUUUUUUUCUUGUAGUAAAUAUAUGUUUUUAGAGUUUAGUGAAGCAAAAUUUGUGCGCGGACAAAAACUUGUUUUGUUGGCACAUUGUUAAGUUGAAGAACUUGAAAAAUAUUUCAAAACUUUGUAAUAAUUACACAAAAUUUUCUAGUGUUUACCUUUUAUGUUAUGUAUAAAAGCAAUAUAUUAAAUUAAAGUUUUAACAAUCGAUAAAAUUUAGUUAAUAUAAAUAUUUUGUUUAGUUUAUGUGAUAAAAUUAAGUUUAAUAUGCGGUGAAUUAUUUGUAAUAAAGAAAAAAAAGAAAAAGAAAAUAACUUAAACGCAUAUUGGUCAAGAAGAAAGUGAAUGAAAUUUAUAUUAAUAUAGACAGCUUUACUAUAAGAACAAUUUUAAAUUACGAGUUAUGACAAUAAUUGAUAAACUAACUAAAAUAUUUCCUGGUAUAAGAUGGCUUAGAAAUUAUUCUGUGCGUGAUGGUGUUUCAGAUUUAAUAGCUGGGGUAACGGUUGGUCUUACAGUUUUACCACAAGGUUUAGCGUACGCUACUUUAGCCGGUUUGGAGCCUCAAUAUGGAUUAUACUCGGCAUUCAUAGGUGGUUUUAUAUACGCUUUAUUAGGAAGUUGUCGGCAAGUAACUAUAGGACCAACCGCAUUAUUAGCCUUAAUGACAUCUAGACAUACAUCUCUUGGUGAAAAUUCUGGACCUACUUAUGCUAUACUAUUGUGCUUUUUAUCUGGUCUAGUUGAAUUAUUAAUGGCAUUUUUAAGAUUAGGUGCACUUGUCGAUUUGAUUUCAUUACCCGUUACAGUUGGUUUUACAUCAGCUACAGCAGUCAUUAUUGGUACCUCACAAUUAAAAGGUUUAUUAGGAUUAAAAGGCUCAGGAUCAUCAUCUGGUUUUGUGGGAACUAUCGAAUUUGUUAUAAAAAAUUUAGAAAAAAUUCGUAUAGGUGAUUGCUCUUUAGGAAUACUAGCAAUAAUAAUUCUAUUAGUCUUGAGAAAAUUGAAAGAUAUAAAAAUUAGUGAAAAUCUUGGAGCCCAUAAAAUAUUAAAGACUACAAUAUGGGUUAUUUCAACAGCAAGAAAUGCUUUAAUAGUUUUAGCAACAAGUUUAAUUGCAUUUUAUCAAUGUCAAGAUCCAAAUUUUUGCCCUUUUAUAUUAACAGGCACAGUUAAAAGUGGAUUACCCAAUUUUAGUUUUCCCGAAUUCCAAACAGAAAUUAGCAAUUCAAAUAGUACUUUGACAGUUCAUCAAGAUUUUUGGGAUAUGAUACAAGAACUUGGACCAUCUAUUAUAAUUGUACCAAUAAUAGCAGUUUUAGGAAAUGUUGCAAUAUCAAAAGCAUUUAAAAGCAAUGGAGUUAGUCCAACACAAGAAUUGGUGGCAUUAUCAUUUUGUAACAUAUUCGGUUCAUUAUUCUCUUCAAUUCCAGUAACAGGGUCAUUCUCAAGAAGUGCUGUCAAUCAUGCUAGUGGAGUUAAAACACCAAUUGGCGGAAUUUAUACCAGUAUAUUAGUAUUAAUAGCAUUAAAAUUAUUAACACCAUAUUUUCAAUAUAUACCAAAGGCAUCAUUAAGUGCUGUUAUUAUAUCAGCCGUAAUAUUUAUGAUUGAAUAUGAAGUUGUUAAGCCAUUAUGGCGUUGUAGUCGUAGAGAAAUUUUACCUGGUGCUAUAACAUUUAUAGCAAGUUUAUUAUUAGGCGUAGAAAUUGGUUUAUUGUUAGGUGUUACAACUGAUUUAAGUUUUUUGGUAUAUAGAACUGCUAGACCAGCUCUAACUGUAUCAAAAUCAUCUACUGAUGAUGGUAUUCAAUAUAUUUUGAUAAAACCAAAUCAUAGUUUAUUAUAUUUUCCAGCUAUUGAAUGGGUGCGUAAUGGUAUUUCAAAAGCUGUGGAGUCAGUUGGUAGUUUUCCUGUUAUUUUAGAUUGCUCAACAUUAAAUGAAUUUGACUUUACCGCAGCACGUGGCUUAGGUGCAUUACAUAAAGAAUUAACAAAUAUGAAAGUUUCAUUUUUCGUUUUAAAAGCAUCACAUGAAAUUCGUACAAUGUUAGAUGAAGCAACUGAAUAUCAAUUAAAAACUUUAGAUACAAUUGAUGAUUUGAAAAUAUACUUAGAGGAAUGCUAUAAAGACCAAGUUGGUUUACCCUUGAUUUCAUCAGAAAAUAAUAGCGAUUUGAACGAUAGAAAUGACAAAUCUUGUUAAGAAAAUUAACAAAACAUAUAAUAAUAUAUUUUAAUUAUAUGUAUGUAUGUAUAUGUCAUCAUUAUAGAAUUUACUCUAAGCGACUUAGUGUAUAAAAUUAACGAGAAGUGAAAAUUGGAUAUUACACCUUUUCAAUUUUAUGCAUGACUCUCUAUAUAAAAGAUAAAUUUAUUUUUUAAAUAUUGACACCAAUGUCAUGACAUUUUCAACUUACUUCUAUGACAUGAAUUUUUUUCUUGUUUUUAUAUUAAUAUUAUUUUUUCGUCUAAAAAUCAAUAGUGUUGCAAAUAUUGAACAUAAAAGAUUUCCUUAAUACAUGCAUAAAUGCA